UACGGUCGAGACUCGACCAACCACCAUAAAUGUCCGCCCGCCAGCCAACCGCCUCCAACCCUCCGCACCCCCCAUCUGCCCUCUUGCAUCCCCGUCCAAUCCCAGAACGCGCUUCUCCGUCCCCUCCAAGCACCACCAACCCCUCCUAGCACAAUGGCCACCAUGACCGAGCAUGCUCUCCCCACUCCCCCUCACUCGCCCCGCGCACUCGAGCCUGUCCGCGGCGCCGUCGUCCUCCUCGACUCCUUGACCGCCUUCUACCAGCAGGAGCGGUACUGGAUCCACCAUACCCGCGCCGCCCUCGAGGUCGCCAUUGCCAAGGGCUCCGACGCCCGUGCCAUUACCUUCCCUGUCUCUUCACCCUCGGAGAGCUCCAGCGGCGCAUCGAGCCCCGCCGCGUCUACCACUUCCACCAUGGAUGAGCCUUGCGCCACAGUCGCACUCCCGGCCAUAAAGACGGAGCCAGACAUGCUCCCGGACGCGAUGUCCGCUCCCGACCGCAGUGCCGCCGCAUUCGCGAAGCGCAUCACGCGGUGGAAUCGUCGCAAGAACAUGAUGAAGCUCAAGCUCGACGGCAUCUCCUCGACCUCCCUGCGCCGACGCCGGCCGCACCGCGCGCCGGUGUCUGAGCCGGGUGCACGGCUGCUCGAAAUGUUCAGCGAGCUCGUCGAUUCGCGCAUGGAGAGCUGCCAACGGGUCUCGCGCCUCGUCCGCGAGACGCACCGCCCGCAGCCCGAGUUCCUCUCCCUCGCCAUGUGUUGAGCCCCUAGGACGGCACGGUAAGCACCCAUGAUCUGCG